AUGGCGACGACGGCGGCUGAGCAGCUUCCAGGGAAAAGUUAUAGGACCAAGAGACGCUCGAGCACUGAUGCUGCUCAUCAACUGGAACCUCUUAUAUACCACCGUAAUGCAGGGGAUUCCAAGGCUAGUGUCGAGGCGGCUACCAAGCCGGCCCCCAAAGAGGCUCCCAAGGCUGGUGCCAAGGUGGCCUCUAAGGCGGCUCACAACGCUACUCCUAAGGUGGCUGCCAAGCCGGUUGCCGAGGCGGCUCCCAAGGCGGCUCCCAAAGAGGCUCCCAAGGCGGUUCAAGAGAAGGCUCUCAAGGCUGGUGCCAAGGCGGCUCCCAAAGAGGCCCCUAAGGCGACUCCCAAGGCGACUCCCAAGGCGACUCCCAAGGCGACUCCCAAGGCGACUCCCAAGGCGACUCCCAAGGCGGCUCCCAAGGCUGGUGCCAAGGUGGCUUCCGAAGUGGCUCCCGGGGCGGGUCCUGAGUAG